AUGGGUGACGGCUCUGAUUAUCCUAGUCCACGAAGUGAAGGUCCCGGUGGACCUACCUCUGUUCUCGUCACUGUCCCAGACUCGCUUUCUCCAGCUCCCAAGAUGAACGACCAGCUGUCUCCGAACUUCAUGGAAGGGACGCGCCCACGACUGUCGGUGAGAAGAGCGCGGGAUCCGCCCAAGAACACUGCCGGUCAAAUCUACUGCGACCAUCCCGAGUGCCAGCACUCGCCCCCAACAUUUCGCCGUCCGUGCGAAUGGAACAAACACAUGGACAAACACGACCGCCCGUACAAGUGCAUGGAACCCGGCUGCGACAAGAUUCAAGGUUUUACAUACUCUGGCGGUCUGCUGAGGCAUCAGCGCGAGGUGCAUAAGAAGAACAUCAAUGCCAAGAAACCCUUGAUGUGUCCGUACGCCGACUGCAAUCGCAGCACAGGGAACGGAUUUACGCGUCAAGAAAACCUGAAGGAGCACCUUCGCCGCCGCCACAUGCACACUGAGAACGGACAUGCGUCCGAGCUGCCCAUCGCCCCGUCUCCCGAUCUGGAUGGCACCACGUCUCUUGCGACGGCAUCCGCAGCCUUGAAGAGGAAACGCGAAUCUCUCGGAGAUGAUCCGGCCACUCUCGAGCUUCCCGAGGAGGAAGAGAACGGGGUGGAUCUUCGCAAUGAACUGAAGAGGCUGCGUCGUGAGGUCCAAGAGAAGGAUCGCCGACUGGAGGAGUUGGAACGCAUCGUGGCUGGACUACAGCAGGCUAUUCCUCAGACCGCGACGUCGCAGGGCUAG